AUGAACUUUGAUAUCCCCCCAGAUCUCAAAGAAUUCCUCUCCUCUCUAGACAGCUUCAUAGAGAGAGAAAUAGCUCCGCUUCAAGCUCAGGACGACAACGAGCGCUUCUUCGACCAUCGUCGAGAGCAUAGCCGUACUGACUGGGACAAUGGUGGCCUUCCACGCCCAGAAUGGGAGGCAUUGCUCACUGAAGCCCGGCGCCGGGCUGACAAAGCUGGCUUCUACAGAUUAUCACUUCCGGUCGAGUACGGCGGGCAGAAUAAAGGCAAUCUCUGGAUGAGCGUCAUAAGAGAACAUCUGGCAGCGAAAGGUCUAGGUCUCUUCAAUGACUUGCAAAAUGAGCACUCCGUCGUAGGCAACUUCCCCACUAUUGUCAUGCUUCUUAGCUUCGGCAAUGAGACUCAGAGAAAGGAGUUUAUUCCCAGCCAGCUUGGUGGAAAAGUGAUCAUGACAUUCGGCCUGACAGAGCCAGAUCAUGGUUCUGACGCUACGCAUCUCGAGACUGUGGCGAAACCAGAGACCAGAAAUGGGGUGAAAGGUUUCGUUCUCAACGCCUUCAUCGUGCCUGCUAAAACCCCAGGCAUCAAAGUCGAGAGCUAUGAGUGGACGUUCAAUAUGCCAACAGACCACGCAACCGUCUCACUAACCGAUGUAUGGGUGCCAUCGAUGGCAAUCUUUGGGCCACCAACAUCGGGCCUCAGCGUUGCUCAGGCAUUCCUCCACGAUAACAGGAUCAGACAGGUGGCGAGCAGCCUUGGUGCUGCGACAUUCUGUAUUCAGGAGUCUAUCAAGUACGCCAAGGAGAGGAAGCCGUUUGGAAAGGCGUUGGCGUGGAACCAAGGGGUCCAGUUUCCGCUCGUGGAGCUGCUGACGCAGACGGAGAUGCUGAGGUUGCUGAUCUGCAAGACGGCGAAUGAUAUGGAUAGUAUGCCACAUAGGGACGUGGAGAAGAAGUUGAUCGACAAGGUGAGCAUGUGUAACUAUUGGGCGAACAGGCUGUGUUGUGAGAGUGCAGACCGUGCCAUACAGGUCCAUGGUGGUGUCGGCUACAGCAGGCAUAAACCCUUCGAGCAUAUCUACCGCCACCAUAGGCGCUACCGUAUCACAGAGGGUUCUGAGGAGGUCCAGAUGCGAAAGGUGGCGUUCAAGGUUUUUGGGCUCUCAGAGUUGGCCAAGGGCCAGAAACAGGCCACGAAGCUGUAA